GAUUGAGGAGACAGUGGCACAAAACAACGGCAGCCAUUUUGAAAUAGACAGAAAGAUUUUACAGGAGAUGAAUGAGAGAAGAAGAGCAGAGGAAGAGAGAGCAGAAGAACGAAUGAAGAGGAUGAAAAAACAGAGAGAUGACAUCAGAUCACAGAUGAGUGACACCCAACAUCUCUCAGAGCUGAGGAUUGUGUUAAUGGGGUAUAAACUUUCUGGUAAGAGUUCAGCAGGAAACACCAUCCUGGGCAGAGAGGAGUUUGAUUUGAAGAGAUCUGCUCAGUGUGUGAGGAGACAUGGAGAAGUAGCAGACAGACACAUCACUGUCAUUGAAGCUCCAGGAUGGUGGAUUAAUGAACCUGUAGCGUUCAGUCCUGAGCUACUGAAACAGGAGAUUGUGCUUAGUGUGUCUCUGUGUCCUCCAGGACCACACGCUGUACUACUGAUCAUACCUGUGGAAACUAGAUUUAAAGAUUAUCUAAGAAAAGCAUUGCAGGGGCAUCAGGAUCUUCUCGGUGAGAGAGUCUGGAGUCACACUAUAGUGCUGUUCACUCAUGGAGACUCUCUGUUAGACACAUCUAUAGAGCAGCACAUUGAGAGUGAAGGGCAGGAUCUCCAGCGGCUGCUGGACAAAUGUGGGAACAGAUAUCAUGUUCUCAACAAUCAGAACAGGAGUGACCACACUCAGAUCGAGGAGCUGCUGGAGAAGAUUGAGGAGACAGUGGCACAAAACAACGGCUGCCAUUUUGAAAUAGACAGAAAGAUUUUACAAAGAAUCAAUAAUAAAAGAAGAGCAAAAGAACGAAUGCAGCAAGAGAGAGUGCACAUUAGAUCACAAACAAUCUCAGAGCUGAGGAUUGUGUUAAUGGGGUAUAAACUUUCUGGUAAGAGUUCAGCAGGAAACACCAUCCUGGGCAGAGAGGAGUUUGAUUUGAAGAGAUCUGCUCAGUGUGUGAGGAGACAUGGAGAAGUAGCAGACAGACACAUCACUGUCAUUGAAGCUCCAGGAUGGUGGAUUAAUGAACCUGUAGCGUUCAGUCCUGAGCUACUGAAACAGGAGAUUGUGCUUAGUGUGUCUCUGUGUCCUCCAGGACCACACGCUGUACUACUGAUCAUACCUGUGGAAACUAGAUUUAAAGAUUAUCUAAGAAAAGCAUUGCAGGGGCAUCAGGAUCUUCUCGGUGAGAGAGUCUGGAGUCACACUAUAGUGCUGUUCACUCAUGGAGACUCUCUGUUAGACACAUCUAUAGAGCAGCACAUUGAGAGUGAAGGGCAGGAUCUCCAGCGGCUGCUGGACAAAUGUGGGAACAGAUAUCAUGUUCUCAACAAUCAGAACAGGAGUGACCACACUCAGAUCGAGGAGCUGCUGGAGAAGAUUGAGGAGACAGUGGCACAAAACAACGGCUGCCAUUUUGAAAUAGACAGAAAGAUUUUACAAAGAAUCAAUAAUAAAAGAAGAGCAAAAGAACGAAUGCAGCAAGAGAGAGUGCACAUUAGAUCACAAACAAUCAGUGAACAGGGAUCUUAUUCAUGGUCUCUAAGAAGUUCAGCACGCGGUUCAGUUGUAUCACAAUCAGAAGCAGACAGUAGGUCAAUUUGUGGCUCAUCAAGUUCCAGAGAUUCAUCGCACACCUCAAGAUAUGAGACAGUGGUUCCGAAAAUAUGUAAUAGCAUGGAAUUUCCACCAAACAUGAGUGGAGAUAAGAGGUGGGACAUGAAGUCUAUAGGAAGUUCUGCUUAUGGUUCAUUUGGAUCACUAUCAGGAGCAGACAGCAGGAACAUUUUGGGAUUAUCACAUUCCAGAGAUUCAUCGCACACCUCAAUACAUGAUUCAGGGGACCUGAAAAUAUAUAACAGCAUGGAAUUACCUCCAAACUUGUGUGAAGAUGACAGGUCAGACGCAUUGUCUCUGGGAAGUUUAGCUCAUGGUUCAGUUGUAUCAGGAGCAGAAAGCAGGUCAUAUUUUGGAUCAUCACGUCCCAGAGAUUCAUGGCACACCUCAAAAUAUGAGUCAGGGGUCCUGAAAAUAUGUAACAGCAUGGAAUUACCAACAAACUUGAGUGGAGAUGAGAGGUGGGACACAAGGUCUAUGGGAAGUUCUGCUUACAGUUCAUCUGGAUCACUAUCAGGAGCAGACAUCGGUUCAGUUUUUAGCUCAUCACAAUCAAAAGUCUCAUCACACAGCUCAAAAUUUGGGUCUGUGGAACAUUUAGGGACCAAAAGAGCACAUUGUGUGCCCAAUGUCUCAAAACUUAAGCAUGAUGAGGACACUGAGAAGACUUGA